GCCGGCAAUCCAAAGCACAACGCGUCUUCCCUCAUCAUUGCGACUUUUGCGACAAAAGACGCGGGGACAGCAUCAAGCAUCAUGACCACCAACGGAACCCCCAAUGGCGACCAGUCCGUCGACGCAGCCCAUGCCGCCGUCAACACUUCUCCCACCAGAAUCAAGCGCAAGCGCGACGACUCGGAAAUAAGCCAACAAGCACAACCUUCGACACAGCUGUUCCAAGACCUCUUGGAGCUCCUUCAAAAGAAUGACCCUGAACCUUCGGUCUUGCAGCUUCCACUGCCCAACGCGUCGCGCCUCUUCCAGACCGACAGCUCUUCAACCAAGCGACCCAAGCUUACCGACCAUGAUGCACACAACACCAUCGCUUCGCGCUUGCAGAACAACCUCUACUUGAACCUCGAAGAGUUCGACCAGGACCUCGACGAUGCUCUCGACACUCUCUUCGAGCCUCUCAAGGUCAAGGAUCCUCUCAAGAUUGGCCAGCGCUUCAACAACAAAGACAUUACCUCGAUGCAGAACCUCGCCAACUUCCGUACCCUGGUCAAGGGCUGCCUACAGCGCGAACUUUCAAAGGACACCAAGAUGCCUAUCAAGAAGGAGGAGGAUGACUCGAGCUCAAACACAACCGCAAAGACUGUCCUCAGUCUGUACGGAAAUGCUCCUCAACCGAGACAACUCUUCUCUAGUCUGCCACGCCCAGACUCUUCCGUCCAAGCUCCUGCUCUCUCCAUCGAAGAGCUCGGUCUACCCAACAUGCUCUCCGCCACAAAGGUCAUUCCUCUGAAUCCCGAUGACGCCGUCGUUUCCAGGAAAGCCAACCCUACCUUUGCCGACGUCUUCCCUCCUUCCAACACCCUGCCGCCCCUGAAUCCUCCCAAAUCGAUCAGACACUCAUCCUCCAAGUCUAGCGCAAUCUCAUGGUCUCUUGGCGAACUCCCGAAAGCUUCGCGCAAGGCUGGUUACACUCUUCAACCCCUGACUGUUGGUUCUUGGGUGGGCUACGGCGCCAAUGAGCUCAAGGAGUCUGCCUCUGCCAUCAAACGCAGACGGAGAGAAAGCCUGAUCAAUGGCCAGGAACAGUCAAAGUCAAACGAGGACAGCGCCCCUGCCGACGUCAUCGCCCAAGAGAGCGCCCUAUUCCGCGCUGCUUACUCGAGUUUCGCGCCUACACAGGACAACUCCAAAGCCCUGGUGUCCAAGGAGACAAAAGACAUGGUUUGGUGGCACAGAAUGGGUCAACGACGCUUCGAUGAACACUUUGUCCUCGACCCGGCUUUGCAAGAUUCCCCCUUUCCUACCGAUCUGGAAGACUCAGCCAAGGAGGCUACUGAAGAAGAAUCGUCGGUCGUCUUGGGCGCUGAAGACCUGGAAGCCAUCCAAAAAGCAAUCGACGAGUUUGACGAAGAGGACCUCAAGCCAAACAAGCUCGAUGUUGUGUCGACCAUCAACGAAGAAGAUCGCGAGGUGGGCCAGAUGCUUGCUGAUAUCUCUGACCUUCUGAGAGCUUUGUCAUCGCAUCAGCGCAUCCGCAACUCGUACAUUCCUACUGGUUCGCGCAACCCAACAAGUCCCAGUCCACUGCUGAGCGCUAUGGUCGGCACAUCCACAGCUCCCUCGGCCGAAGAGAACGAAACGUACAGAGCCUUGAGAUCACAGUUGGCUCAAUUGAUCGAAAAGCUUCCACCAUAUGCCGUUGCCAAACUGGAUGGCGAGCAAUUCGCUGCUCUGGCAGUCAAGAGGAACAUCAUCAUUCAGAACAAGGAAUAUCGUGGCACCAUGGAGGAAGAUCAACUUACCAGGAUGAUCCGAAGCUCUGCUGCGCAAGCCGCUGCUGCUGCUCGUCAAGACCCAGCGCAAUUCGGGCGCACCCCAUCUGUACCCAGCCGCUCCUCUCACGCACCUGCCAACUACAGCUCGAGGACUCCAGUCGCAAGCUACCGUGGCGGUGCCGUGCAAAACUACAAUGCACCCGCCACUGCUCCUCGCGCAGGCGCUAGCUAUCCGAACACAUACAACACCAGCUCAAAUGGACGCUCGACUUUCAGCCAGACACAAUACUACGGCCAGCAGCGACCAACGUAUGCCCCACAAUACAGCACUCAAACUCCUCAACCUGCCAACCCAGCUCGCACCGGCUACAACGUUCCUCAGACCGCUUUUGCCGGCCGUACCACAGCAUCGACCUUCGCAAAUGGCACCCCUACAGGCACCAACUACACGCCGCAGAACUAUGGCCAAACGCGACCAACCUAUGGUUCCGCCAGUACGCCCGUUCCGUCACAGCAAGCUUACCAAUCUCGUUCGCAAGGCUACGCAGCUACUCAACCACAACCAUCCUCUGGUCGCGCAACACCCACCUUUGCUCAACCACAAAACCCAAACACACCAUCAGCAGUGGGACCCUCUGGUUUCCACAGUACUCUCACGGCCGAUCAACAGAGGUUGAUGAUGGAAAGACAACGCGCAGCACUGGCUAUGGCAUCCACAUCUGGGUUGCCAGCGCAGACAGCUCCUAUGGGAGGCACUCCUGCAGCACCCCAAGCUGCCAUGCAGGCGCCAACCCAGAACGGAUCUCUGUAGGAAAUGAUAGAAGACAUUGAGAACUGUCACGCAGCGCAUCUUUGAAGCGAUUGGCC